AGAAAGUCCAGUCUAACCAAUCCUCUUUUCUACUUCGUUCACAAUGAGAAUCUUGAAGACUCAAAGAUCCUCAAGAGGAGGAAGAAGAAACAGCAAGAAGUUCGGAAGCAGAAGAUCACAUGUUUCGUCACGAACCAGUAUUCUCCGCAAGUGCUCUGGAAACAGCGGAGAUAAGUUCUCGGCUAAGCUUCAGGCGCUUAAGAGUCUUCUUCCUCCGUCAGAGACGAACAAGACGGACCAGAAUCGUGACGUGGAGGAGAAACUUAAUAGUGGAGAGACAGAACAGCUGUUUCAAGAAACGGCGGAUUACAUCGUCAGGCUUAGGAACCAAGUCGUCGUGUUGCAAAAGCUAAUCGAGAUCUAUGGAUCAUCGUCAUCCUCUGAUCAGACGGAAGACUUUAUUUUAUAAUGUUACAUAUUUUUAAAUUAUGAUUUUAUUUUCUGAAACUUUAAACUUUUUAUUCUAUUUUUAUGUAUUACGUACUUUAAACCUAUAUGGUUUUAGGGUAGUUCAUGUAUAAUGUUUUGAUUUUCACGAAAGAAAAGUCGAUCUGAACAAUCUAUAGAAAUUUAAAUGCAAUGUUUGUUUGUUUGG